GGCGCUGUCAGUGCCUCAAGAGCAAGCUCAACUUCUUUGUGGCAAGGACCUCCCAGAGAGAUUGCUGGCAGCUUUGCUGACAGGCACCAAGGUUGGGAAGUCGGUCAUGGUGGUCAACCUGUCUCCCUAUGAUUCCUGGUUGGAGCGUGUUUGCAUGGAAUGGUCAAUUGGGAAUCCUGAUCGCGAGAUCAAAUCUCUCAGCCUGGGCUUCAGCUUAGCUACAGUCUCCUACUCGGAGAAACUAUGUGCCAUGCAUCUCUUGGAGGAUUGGAAGUCAGAUUGCUUGAUCCUGGGACCCAAUGUUCGUCGAUGGGACCCGAAUCCACCAGCUGAAGAAGAGCUAGACCUGAACAACAUUCAACUGAAGAUGGCCCAGCUUUCGAGGGAUCCUACCAAGAAGGGCUGGCAAUCCUUCCAAAUCUCUUUGAGCAACGAGGUCCGAGCUCUUCAUCUCAGUGAUCCUUUGAAUGCCCCAGCCUGGAAGGAUCUCAUCACGGACUUUGACAAGAAGCCACUUGGUGCAAAUCUUCAAACCUGA